AUGGCUGCAUUGACAGACAAAUCUCAAUCUUAUAUUCCUCUUGCGGGGAGUGCCGAAGACGGCUGGUCGAAAGAGGAUGAGGCAACAGCCACAUGUUACUGUGGAGCGGUUCAGCUAGCUUUUCCGACCAAAGGACCCGGCUUAAUUGAUACCUUUAUCUGCCACUGCACAGACUGCCGCAAAAUCACGGCAUCAAUGUUCGCAUCUAAUUUCAUCAUCGCAGACUCACAUCUUAGACAUCUAAGGGGUCGUGAGAUAUUGAGUCAAUUCAGCCAGUCGAAGACUAUCGACUCUGGAAAAGCGAUGACGAAUUACUUUUGUUCGCGAUGUGGCUCGUUAAUGUAUCGCGUUGGCGAGGCUUUCCCAGGAAGUAGUAUUCUGCGCAUUGGUACAGUGGAUGAUUUCAAUUUGCAUGAGACCAAGUUGAAGCCUCGGAUUGAGCAGUAUACGAAGGAUCGAGUGGCAUGGUUGUGUGAUGCUAAGGGUAUUGAGCAAGUAGAUGGAUCGGCAUAUGCGCCAAGAGGACCUCGUCGAGAAGAGUCUCUAUGA